AUGGAAUACAAUAUAUUGUUUUUAUUUUUUAAAAUUUCUGUAUUUAUACCUUUAACUUGGAUAUGUCACUUUUACAAUAAGGAGAAUUCUUUAAAUAAAUAUUUAAAUGAUAAAUGCGAUAUUCUUAGAAAAUUAAAUCCAAAAAAUUAUCGAUUAUUAGCAAAAUAUGAGGAUAAGAAUUAUUUCAUCGUAAAUUUUAAAGAAGAAACGCCACAAAAUGAAGUGGCACAAAAAAAAUGUAUAACUAAUAAUAAAAAAGGGACGAAUGGAAAACAGAAAUUCUCAAAUAGUAGUUCGUUAUAUAUUGAGGAAUACAAUAGAAAUAAUGAAAAAAGUAAAUCUGGUAUAUCUAAAGCAAAAAAGUAUUCCAAUUUUGAAAAAAAAAUAUUUAAAGAACUUGAUUAUAAAGACUACCUUAAAAAUGUCAAGAUAAUUGAUGAUAAAGAAUAUAAAAAAAUAUCUCGUAAAAAACGAAGAAUACGAAUUGCUUUACUUUUGUUAUUUUUCUUGGUACUGAUACUCCCCAUAUUAGACCUUUCAUUAGAGAAAUUGAAAUGUGGUGGUUUGCUGGGUUUAUUAGGCUUGUUAAACCCCAAAAAUGAUACUGUAAGUGGAAUACGUACUUUGGACGUAGAGGGGGGUUUGAUUACGUUGUUCAACAUAGGAGAAUUCGGUGCAUCAAAAGCAGUAACCCUAUCAACCAUUUUGUUUUAUUGCUUACCUUUCCUUAUAUUUGUUGUUAUAUUUAUUGUAUAUAUGGUUUAUUACAAUAAAAAAGUUAUAAAAUAUGAAAAUAUUAAGUUCAAAAAAAGAUUAAAUACGAAGUAA